GCACUUGUUUUUUCUGACGUUUGUUAUAUCCAUGCAGUCUCUCUACCAUACAUCUCUCUCCCUCUCUCUCUCUCUCUCUCUCACUCUCUUACUCUCUAUAGCAAUAUACAAUCAAAAAUCAUAUUUUAAACACACUUCACCGCGCACAUCUCAAUGUCAACCCUGUCGUGGACACAGGCUCAGUCCUGACUCGUGACAGCUCUUCGUUGUAUUCUGCAUAAUUGACUCCUUUGCGUUUGCGCCACUGUGUAGUAAUCGUCGCUGAAUGACACGCGUUUACGCCAAUCGUAACCCAUCAUAUAGGACAUUCAUGGAAGUGCGCUGGGAAACGAGCGUAAAGGCUCCUCACACGCAAACUUUAGUGGGCGAGGUGUUUUGACAAAUGCGUCUACUCUUGGUUACCCCAAGGAACAUUUCCCACAUCGCUCAGACAGAAAACCAAUAGAAAAGCGUUUUCUCGACGUCAUGAAACGCCCCCACGACUUAACGGACACGAGCACGAGUUGUAGGUGUACGACGUUCAGCCGAUCAUACUACGACCGCAUUUGGCGCGCUUGAGAUGUUGGCGUUCGCGUUUUAAUCGAACAGCGUUUCGUCGAUUCGCUGUUUCAGCACCUGGACAGCUCCCACAUUGAAUCCGAUGGAGAUCGACUCCCUGCCGUGAUUUGAAGAGGGAAGCCCCAUGUAAGCCGAGCAGGCGCGACACACAGCGCACACACACGAUGCCUUUCUUUGGAUGUUUGGAUAGUGGCGGACUCCUUUUAUCAUCUCGCUGAGAGAUGAUGCUCGUGUUACGGUUCGGUCUCGCUCGUCGUGCGCUUUAUUCGCGAAAGAAGCAGCAAAACGGAUGCUUGACCACUGCAAGGGCUGAAGCCUCCACGCAUCGAGCCCCUUUCGGUCACUGGCAAGGGAGACGUUAUCGUAAUCAGGAGCGCAAGGGAGACAUAAUUAAAGUUUCAACGAUGUAAAUCGAUAAAGGUUUGGUAUUAGUUAAGUCGCUGUGACUAGCACAUCCAGAGCUCCCAUCUGAGAGACGAGAAAGAGGAAGUCCAUUCAGCUUUAGCUGCAUACCACACCAUGAGCCAACCACAGCCCCAUCAGCAGGCGGCAGCUCCAGAUCUGGAGGUGAUCUCCCAGCAGGUGGACGAUGAGGGCCAAUGCAUGGCUCCAGUACAGCUGGUCAGCUUCGCCUACAGGGACCUUCCACUAGCUGCCCUGGACCUCUCGCUGGCCGGAUCCCAGCUGCUUUCCAAUUUGGAUGAAGAUGAGAACCAAGACGGGUCGAACUGGCUGAAGCCAUGCUGUGGGCGGAGAGCGGCGUUGUGGCAGGUCUGUUUGUUGAGUGCAGGCUUCAACUGUUUCCUGGUGGCCUGUGUCAUCCUUGUGGUGCUUUUACUGACUCUGGAGCUGCUCAUCGAUACCAAACUCCUACAAUUUAAUAAUGCAUUCCAGUUCGCCUGUAUCAUUCACUGGAUCAGCCUGGUCAUCCUGUCCGUAUUCUUCACUGAGACUGUCUUUAGGAUUGUGGUGCUCGGGAUAUGGGAUUAUAUAGAGAACAAAGUUGAGGUGUUUGAUGGUGCUGUGAUUGUACUCUCUCUGGCCCCAAUGGUGGCCUCAACCGUGGCCAAUGGCCCCAGCAGCCCGUGGGACGCCAUCAGCCUCAUUAUCACUCUCCGCAUCUGGAGAGUCAAGAGAAUCAUUGACGCGUACGUUCUGCAGGUGAAGGUGGAGAUGGAGAUGGAGAUCCAGCAGUACGAGAAGACCAAAGCGGUGAGGGAGGAACAGCUGGAGAGACUCACACAGAUCUGUCAGGAACAGGCCUUUGAGAUAAGGCAGUUGAGAGCUCACCUGGCGCAGCAGGAUUUGGAUCUGGCCGCCGAGCGAGAGGCCGCCAUGCAGAUUCACCAUGUGUGGGGGAAGCAAAGCACCUUUCAGGAAAUAGACGGCCUGGGGCCCGCUGGAUCUGACACGGAGUGCAGGGCCAAUACCAGAGAACCCAGACCACCUCCAGCGAGUGUCGUUCAGGAUGAUAUGAACAACUACAUCAGUCAGUAUUACAGUGAGCCAAGCAGCGACAUCGGCGUACCCAACCCAGGUGCACGCAUCAUUACCAUGGCAGCCAUCGACGUCCACCUUCCCACCAACCCCAACCAGUUGCCGCCUUCCCUCAUCAGCGCAGACGGACCGGGCAGCGGCCAGGACCGCACGCUGAGCGAAGCAUCCAGCACGACCAUGUCCCGGUCCAGCUGUAGCUUCACGGCCCGGCAGCACAGCAUCAGCAGCCACACCUUGGGCUCCACCACCGACUGCAGCUCUACCGUACGGGAGGCCUCCACCUCCGACUACAGUGGCCAGCACUGCAGCCCUCCUCCCUACUGCAGCCCUUUGGCCCUCGGGAUGCAGCCCGGCGUCCACGACCCCAGCGCAGUGGUCAAAGAGUUGCUGUCCUCCUUGUCUGAGGAUUCCUGCCUGGCACAGAAAGGCAGGGUAGACCCCGUCAACCUUAAGUUGCCCAGUCCAGCGGGCUCGGUGAAAGCCAGCCCAGAACUGGAGCACAGGGUGAAAAUAUACAACAAGAGGAACCAGGAACGUCUGGGCGUAUUCCAGACAAAGCCACUUAUUCACCUACAGGGGACCGAGCCAUCGCUGGAGGAGAAGUACAGGCUAAUGGAGCCCGCAGAUACACCACUGAGCCAUAUACCGGACAUAUAGAGCGUGAGUGUGGGAACGUGACCGCCAACACCAGCUGAAGCAGCAAUUCUCUCUCUCUUUCUUUAUCAAUUGCUUUGUCAUUGGCUGUGUCCGAAACCUUUAGAAUUAGUGCCACCUGUUUCCAAACAGGCAACAAUGCAUGUCUUAAAGGAGAAGUUCACCUUAAAUCAAAAUUGUGUCAUUUUUUUCUUACCCACACAUGGCGUUCAACACGUUUUAAGACCUCCCGUCUUCGGAGCACAAAUGCAGAAAUUUAAGGGACAUGCGAGG